CACAAGUUCAACUGCUUUGACCCAUUCAGGCAUAACUGGAGACCAGGCAUACAGUUACAUCUGCAUAACUGGAUAUUUACAGCUAAACUGUAUAUCCAUCGUUCAUUUACCCCCACUACCCUAUCUGAACCUAUCAGACAAAACUAACCCAUCGCUUCGCCUCAAUCAACCUCCAAUGUCCUCCACUGGUGACUUUUUGACCAAGGGGAUCGAUCUCAUCCAAAAAGCGAUCGAGCACGAUACGGCAACACGCUAUGACGAAGCCUACAAGUUGUACUACAGUGGGCUCGACUACCUCAUGCUUGCAAUCAAGUACGAGAAGAAUGCCAAGUCCAAGGAGCUCAUCCGCUCAAAGUUCACCGAGUAUUUGAAACGUGCAGAGCAGUUGAAGGAGCAUCUCGAUAAGCGCGACAAGGCGCCGGACGCGAGCGCGAAACCUGCGAAGGCUGCGGCCGACGACGACGACGCGGAAAACAAAAAGUUGCGCGGUGCGUUGAGCGGCUCGAUUCUCUCAGAAAAGCCCAACGUCAAGUGGGAGGACGUGGCUGGGUUGGAAAGCGCUAAGGAAGCGUUGAAAGAGGCGGUGAUCUUGCCGGUAAAAUUCCCCCACUUGUUCAAGGGCAACAGAAAGCCAACGUCGGGAAUUUUGUUAUAUGGGCCACCUGGUACCGGUAAGUCGUAUCUUGCGAAGGCGAUUGCUACCGAGGCCAACUCCACGUUCUUCAGUAUUUCGUCGUCGGAUUUGGUAUCGAAGUGGAUGGGGGAGUCGGAGCGAUUGGUUAAGAACUUGUUCCAGAUGGCCAGAGAGAACAAGCCGUCGAUCAUCUUCAUCGACGAGGUCGAUGCGCUCGGUGGCACCAGAGGCGAGGGCGAAAGUGAGGCGUCCCGGCGCAUCAAGACCGAGUUGUUGGUGCAAAUGAACGGGGUGGGCAACGAUUCGCAAGGCGUUUUGGUCUUGGGGGCCACCAACAUUCCCUGGUCCUUAGACAGUGCCAUUAGAAGACGUUUUGAAAAGCGUAUCUACAUCCCAUUACCAGAAAAGCAGGCCAGAUUAACCAUGUUCAAGUUGAACAUCGGCGAUACCCCGAAUAACUUGACCAGUCUGGACUUUACUCAGUUGGCAUCAGAUGACUUGACCGACGGGUACUCAGGGCAUGAUAUUGCCAUGGUUGUGAGAGACGCGUUGAUGCAGCCGAUCAGGAAGAUCCAGCAGGCAACCCAUUUUAAGCAGGUGGAGAGUAUAUUCGACGGUGAGCCGAAAGUCCAGUGGACUCCGUGUUCGCCAGGCGAUGCGGGAGCCACGGAGAGGAGUUGGAUGGACAUUGAGGGUGAUGAGUUGUUAGAACCUGGACUUAGCAUCAAGGACUUUAUCAAGGCGAUCCGUACAACCAGACCGACCGUCAACCAGGACGAUUUGGUAAAGCAUGAAGAGUUUACUGCAGACUUUGGUCAGGAGGGAAACUAGUGUAUGGAAAGCUAAGCGAAGGAGUUGAUACU